UCAUACCAGGGACCAAAAUUAAUAUGGCGGACAAAGGUGCAGAAAAUAAAAAUAAAUCAGAAAAUGUUGAUGGUCGUGUAAGAGUCGCUGUUAUUGGUGGAGGAAUAUCAGGUUUAGCGGCUGCGUCGUCUCUAGUACAAGAAAGGUUUGAUGUUGUUCUUCUUGAAGCUUCAGACUACAUAGGUGGGAGAAUUAAAACAGUGACAGCAUUUCCUGGAUUCCCACCUAUAGACCUGGGAGCUGAUUUUAUUCACGGCUCGAACUCGAUUAUAAAUAAGCUUGCUGAGGAGAAUAAUUGGACUGUCAAACAAGUAUGUGUGGAUAAAAAGAAAGAUGAAAGUGUGAAACAAACUCCAGAAGUUGUCAUCACAAGUCGAGCAGGAGAAACCCUGGCAGUAGAUUAUGUGGUAGUCACAGUACCUCUUACCAUCCUCAAAGAUGGUGAUAUUAUCUUUUCUCCUCCUUUGCCGCCCAAGAAGCAACAUGCCAUCAACACUAUUCAAAUGGGAGCUGCCUUAAAAAUAGUCUGUAGAUUUAGAAUACCUUUUUGGCGGGAAAAAACUCUCAUUUUUCCUAUCAGAGGGUUUCUUAGUCAAAUAUGGACAUAUUCACGUGACCCGAAAGAAGAUGGCGAGGAGUGUCACGUGGGUGUUGGAUUCGCAACGGCUGCAUUAGCUGCACAGAAGGCUCAUCUUUUUGACGAAGAAGUUUGCGAACAAUUUCUACAACAACUAGACGAAAUAUUUGGGACCGAUGCCGAUCCAAAACCUGCCACCAACAACUUCAUAAGCUUUGUGUACGAGCACUGGUCCAGACACCCAUAUGUUAGAGGAGGAUACAGUACACAGACAGUUGAUACUUAUGGCUUGAAACAACACUUAUCAGCACCAGUAGAAGGGAGGUUAUUCUUUGCUGGAGAGGCGACCAGUCUAAUGUUGAAUGCUACAGUGCAGUCAGCGAUCGGGACUGGAAUGCGUGCAGCUCGUGAAGUCUGUGAAGCAGCACAGUUGAAUGUUGAGCGAAAAAUAGUUUGCAGUGUUCGUGCUCCUCCUUAAACUCCUUGAAAUUCCUUGAAUUUCAUUCAAGUUUUCAAGGGCACUUGAAAAGCUCUUGAAUUUUACGAUUUUAGCAAAACUCCUUGAAAACU